UGCUGCAACUAGUAGCACUGGCUUCAUCUAGAGGGACCGUCUCCUCUCCUGCACCCAGACUCCUCUCUCUCUCUCUCUCUCUCUCCCCUCUGUGUGCGGUGUGCCCUGGCCUCCUCCGCCGCCAUUGCAGCGAGCAAGAUCAAUCCCUCUGCUGCCAUUCAUGAGUCAAGCUGGGGCAUUCCCUCCUGGGAAGAAGAUCACGGUGGUGUUUGUCAUAGGCGGCCCAGGCAGUGGCAAGGGCACCCAGUGCUCCAAGAUUGUCAGACACUUUGGAUUCACCCACCUGAGCGCUGGCGACCUCCUGCGCCAACAAGUUCAGUCAGAUACUGAACACGGUGCCAUGAUCAAGAACCUGAUGCACGAAGGGAAGCUCGUGCCGUCCGACAUCAUCGUCAGGCUCCUGCUCACGGCCAUGCUCCAGAGCGGAAACGACAGGUUCCUCGUCGACGGAUUCCCUCGAAACGAGGAGAACCGCCGAGCGUACGAGAGCGUUAUUGGCAUUGAGCCUGAGUUGGUGCUGUUCAUCGACUGCCCAAGGGAGGAGCUGGAGCGGCGCAUCCUGCACCGCGAUCAGGGAAGAGACGACGACAACGUCGACACUAUAAGGAAGCGGUUUCAGGUUUUCCACGACUCCACUCUACCUGUUGUUCUGUACUACGACAGAAUGGGGAAGGUCCGACGGGUAGAUGGCGCCAAAUCCGCUGAUGCAGUCUUUGACGAUGUGAAGGCUAUAUUUACUCAGCUACUGACCACUCAGGUCCACUCACUCACUCACAUUUAUCUUCCUUUUUUUUUUCCAAUUGAUUGUUCUCUCCUGAUAAAGCCUUGAAAAAACAUCGGCGCUCGUCCGUCUAUCCUCUUUUUGUUUCACUAUGUAUAUAGGCAAGCCAAGGUGGCAAUGCGAGCAGCAGGCGGAGCAAUCCGCCGCUUUGUUCAGUGCUCUAGGAUGAAGCAACAUACCUCCAGCUCCAAAUAAAAAAAAGAGGAUUUCAGAAAACACACACUUGCUGUGCGUAUGUGGUGUGUUCGUGCUGUGCUGUGCUGUGCUGUGCAGAUUUAAUGGCUUGUUAAAAAGAAACAGAGAAUAAUGGCCCUCCCCAGCUGCAGCUGGUAUGGUUGUUCGCUCAGUGGCAGCACUAGAGGCUGCGAGCCUGCUGCAAACACACAGCUUGUAUUUCUAAUUGUAAAAUGUAGCGAAAUGGAUGAAUGUGAUGUGUGCAACUCAUUCA